AGGUAUAAAAUGGCAUCGAUGUUUGAUGACAUCUUGAGCAGAGCUGAAAAAUUAUCAUCCGCCAAUUUUCAUGCUACUUUAGCAGAUCCAUCAACGACCAAAAAGGCCAAUAAUGCUCUUAUCGAAGGAAACGCAAGUCAAGAAAAUCGCUAUAGCGGUACAGCUUUUGACACUGAUCUCAAUAGUGUUUUUCGAGCAAGUGAACAUCUGUGGAAGACUGGUGCCUCAGCUCCAAUUCAGAAAAGCUUUCUCUUUGGCGAAAAGGGUGUUGUUUUUGGAGUGACAGCUCCCACACUAAAGGAAGCUCGUGUCGUUCCUAAACCUGCUGAAGAUCAGGAGGCAGACGAAGACUUGGAACGUGUCAGACUGGAGUCUGACCGGGCUUUUUUCAACCAUGUACUUCUUUCAAGGCCUCAACCGAGCGCAACGAUUCCUGUCAAACAACUUUCCAAAGCGACCCCAGCAUCGAGAUAUCCCGCAGUUCUACCAACAUCUUCAUCUAGGAGAGAUUUAGUGUUUGCUGAUAAGAUACGGAAGUACCUGCGCAGUAAAAAGAAGAAGGAUCUGAACAGGCUUUUUGCUGAUGCAGCGAAAGAAAGCGGAACCGAUGGAGCUUUGGCUGGUGUCUGGGCUGAAGUAACUGCAUUAAUGGAUCAAAAGAUACCAGCUGAUCGUGAUGAUCCUACUACCGUCAACCUGCUUAUAGAAAAGGCUUGCCUUUAUCUUCAACAUCUAUUUAUUGAACAUAUGGACGCACAAGUGGAAAGGAAUCUUGAGCGAGCACAACGAGGUGGCGUGCCAGGAAUCCGCGGACUUGUCGAAGCCUAUUUGAAAAUCGGCGCCGAUGAUCCUUUCGCAGAAGAUGGAACAGUGGAGGGGUUACCCGUCUGGGAGGUAACUUACCACUGCUUGCGCGCCGGCGAUUUGGCUGCGGCAAAGGAUGCUCUGGAAUUAUUGGCUAACUUUCCCCAAUCAGCAGUUCUCGUAUCUUGUCUCAACCAUCUCAACAAGGAAGCUAAGUUGGAUGUGGAGCUAAAGAAAAAGCUGAAAGUAGAGUGGAGGCAUAAUCUAAAUUCCGCAAAGGACAAAUACAAACGAGGCCUAUAUGCUGCGCUGUUAGGCCUAGAUUCUACGUUGUCGGAUUCGCUUGAGAACUGGCUGUGGUUCAAGCUGUUUGCCCUGAAAGUAGAUCCCCACAUGUCCCCUAUUCUCUACUCAGAAGUGCAGAAGAAUGUUUCUAUCGACUAUGGAGAGUCAUAUUUCAUGUCUGGUGGAAAAGCCGAGUUUCAUUACUAUUUCACCGCUUUGUGGCUUUCUGGCCAAUUCGAACGAGCUAUUAAACUUCUUUUUGAUUGCAAUCAUGUGUCUGACGCAGUUCAUGUUGCCAUUCUUGCUUACGAACUGGGAUAUCUGCGAAACACUGCCAACGCAGCUGCUGACACUCUGGUUGUGGAUUCCACGCAGAUGACGAAAUGCUCAUGCAAUAUUGCGCGUCUGCUUGUCUCUUACACCAAAGAAUUUGAAUUGGAUGAUGUCGCAAGAGCUUUGGAUUAUUGGUCAUUGUUGAAGGGUUUGCAAACGCCUUCUGGUAGCGACGUUUUUGAGAUGGCGGUAAGUAGAGCUAUCUAUCUAACCGGAAAGGCUGACGAGAUUAUCGGAUCACUUGGACCAGAUGGCAAACGUUCCCCUGCACUAAUCGAUGAGUAUUUGGAAGACCCCUCUGAUAUCAUCUGUCGAGUCGCGCAUGACACCGAGCUUGGAGGAGACACAACGCAGGCUGUUAGGCUGUACAUACUUGCGAAUACCCCUCUGAAAGCCAUUGAACUUUUAUGCUCUGAACUCAGUGAUGCGAUAAGAGUGAAUCGGACCAGGAUGGCAGAACUUCGUCGCUUAGCAGAAGAUUUCGUGUCAGCUCAAAGCAACCUCCAAGCAAGCGUUCUCUCAACGCUAUGUAUACUGCUAGACGUCGGUACGUUGAUUGAUCUGUGCGAAGCUAAUCAACCGGAUAAGGCGUUGAGCGUGUCGCAACAGUUACGACUGAUACCUUUCGAUAUGGAUCAGGUACCAGUGAUAGUUGGAGAAUUCCAUUUAGUUCCACAAAAGGUUCGUGAAGUUAUCCCGGAUCUAUGCUUGCACCUGAUGCGAUGCAUGGUAGAUGCAAUCCACUCGUCCACUAGUCCUCCCCUUAAAUACAUAAAGCAGGUCAAAGCCAUCGUAGUGUACACUGCAACUGUCAAUUAUAAAUUCCCCCAACAUAUCACUUCCAAACUGCUUCAACUUCAAGCCACAGUAGCUGUUUGAGUAUGUCUGUGUGAUUAGCCGUUUAAGGAAUGUUCUUGUGAUUGUGAAUUUUUAUUAAUUUGUAAUUCUGUUAAUGGGUAGUUCUUAGCUGUUCUUCUUUGAUGAUUGACUCAAUGAUCACUGCCUGAGAUAUUUUCACACGUUGCUGAAUUUUGUCCAUAUAAACUCUCAUGAAUAUGCUUGUCUAUAUAAACUUUCAUAACG